AUGCCGGCCCAACAAAUCAACCAACCGUCCAACCAAAUCCGCCUUACCAACGUCUCCCUCGUCCGUCUCAAAAAAGGCAAAAAGCGCUUCGAAGUCCCCGCCUACAAAAACACCGUCAACUCCUACCGCGACGGCAACGAAACCGACCUCGACAACGUGCUCCAAAUCAACAACGUCUUUCUCAACGUCUCCAAAGGCGCCGUCGCACCGAAUGAAGACCUCAAAAAAUCCUUCCCCGGCAUGACUCGCGAGGAGAUCGUGCUGGAGAUUCUGAAGAAGGGCGAGGUGCAGGUGGGCGAGAAGGAGCGGGCGCAGGAUCUGGAAAGGGUUCAUAAGGAGGUGAUUGAUAUUGUGGCGGGCAAGUUGGUGGAUCCGAAGAGUAAGCGGGUGUAUACGACGGGGAUGAUUGAGAAGGCGCUGGAUCAGUUGAGUAGUCAGGGUGGGCACGCAGGAAGGCAUGCAGGUAAAGGGGAGGGGGCCGAGGGGAGUAGGAGUAAGAGUCGGGAGCAGAGCGCGGGGACGAGCACGCCGAAGGCAGACGGCGAGGCAGAUGGGGAGGCGAAGGCCGAGAAGGCGAAGCCGGUGUGGACGGGUGUGGUGGAUGCGAAGAAGCGGUCGGCGAAGGCGCAGGCGUUGGAUGCGACGAAGGCACUGAUUGCACAUCAACCAAUACCAGUGGCGAGGGCGAGGAUGCGGCUGAGAAUUACAUGUCUGAAUAACAUUCUCAAGCAGAGCGUCAAGUCGGCACCGAAAGCGGAGGGCGAGGAGGCACAGACAGGCACGGUGAAGGACAAAAUAUUGUCGUUUGUCGAGCAAGUGGAGAGCCAAGAUGUGAUGGGCGAGGAGUGGGAAGUCGUUGGGUUCGUUGAGCCGGGUAGCUACAAGACGCUGUCAGAGUUCGUGAGCACCCAGACGAAGGGGAGGGCGAGGGCAGAGGUGCUGGACAUGGCGGUUACCCAUGAAGGCGAUUGA